GGAUGUUUGUCAGUCGCUGACAGUCCUGCGAUGGAGAAGUAUGAAAAAAUUAAAGUAGUUGGGAGAGGAGCUUUUGGUAUUGUCCACCUGUGCCGGAGGAGGAGUGAUCAGAACCUGGUGAUCCUGAAGGAGAUCCCCGUGGAGCAGAUGACCCGGGACGAGCGCCUGGCUGCCCAGAACGAGUGCCAGGUCCUCAAACUGCUCAGCCACCCCAACAUCAUCGAGUACUACGAGAACUUCCUGGAGGACAAGGCCCUGAUGAUUGCCAUGGAAUACGCCCCAGACCUCAAGACGCAGAACAUCCUGCUGGACAAGCACCAGAUGAUCGUGAAGAUCGGGGACUUCGGCAUCUCCAAGAUCCUCGUCAGCAAGAGCAAAGCCUACACUGUUGUCGGGACUCCCUGCUACAUUUCUCCCGAGCUGUGUGAAGGGAAACCCUACAACCAGAAGAGUGACAUCUGGGCCCUGGGAUGUGUGCUGUACGAGCUGGCCAGUCUAAAGAGGGCUUUUGAGGCUGCGAACUUGCCCGCCCUGGUUCUGAAGAUCAUGAGCGGCACCUUUGCUCCGAUCUCGGACCGGUACAGCCCCGAGCUGCGCCAGCUCAUCCUGAACAUGCUCAACCUGGACCCGUCCAAGCGGCCGCAGCUGAACGAGAUCAUGGCCCAGCCCAUCUGCAUCCGCCCCCUGCUCAACCUCCACACGGACAUCGGCAACGUCCGGAUGCGGAGGAUUGAGAAGCCCCUGUCAACAGUCCCGGCAGGUGCCCACGGGCGGCCCGGAGGACGAGUGCCCAGAAGCCGGUCCAGAGGUGCGCUGCUGAGCUCUGGCACUGGGAAGGCGGUGCACCCCCCUCCCCUGUCCUCAGUGUACACCUGGGGCAGCGGCAUCGCCACGCCCCUCCGCCUGCCCAUGCUCAACACCGAGGUGCUGCAGGUGUCGCUGGGACGGACGCAGAAGAUGGGCGUCACCAAGUCCGGCCGCCUCAUCACCUGGGAGGCUCCCUCCGUGGGGUCCGGGGAGCCCACCCUGCCCGGCUCCGUGGAGCAGCUGCAGCCCCAGUUCAUCUCCCGCUUCCUGGAGGGCCAGUCCGGGGUCACCAUCAAGUCUGUGUCCUGCGGGGAUCUCUUCGCUACCUGCAUGACAGACAGGGGCAUCGUCAUGACCUUCGGAAGUGGGAGCAAUGGCUGUCUCGGACAUGGGAACUUCAAUGACGUCGCACAGCCUAAGAUAGUGGAGGCGCUGCUGGGAUACGAGCUGGUCCAGGUGUCGUGCGGGGCUUCCCAUGUCCUCGCUGUGACUAACGAGCGGGAGGUGUUUGCUUGGGGAAGAGGGGACAACGGCCGCCUCGGCCUGGGCACGCAGGAUUCCCACAAUUCCCCGCAACAGGUGCUUGUGCCCCCGGAGUUUGAGGCUCACCGGGUGCUCUGCGGCGUCGACUGCUCCAUGAUCAUCGGCACGCGGCACCACAUCCUGGCCUGCGGCAGCAACAGGUUUAACAAACUGGGGUUGGACAAGUUAGACGGCGUGGAAGAGCCGUCCCCUGCCGGUCAGGUCGAAGAAGUGCACGUCUUCACCCCCGUCCAGUCGGCUCCCUUUAACGCGGAGAAAAUUGUUCAGGUCAGCAUCGGAACAGCCCAUUCUGCUGCCAUCACAGACAAGGGCCAGUGCUUCACCUUCGGCAGUAACCAGCACGGCCAGCUGGGCUGCAGUACCCGCAGGAACAGCCGUGUGCCAUACCUAGUGCCGGGGCUGCAGGGCAUCACCAUGGCAGCAUGCGGAGAUGCCUUUACCGUGGUCAUUGGAGCAGAGGGGGAGGUGUACACCUGGGGGAAAGGAGCCCGGGGCAGGCUGGGAAGAAAAGAAGAGGAUUCUGGGAUUCCCAAACUGGUGCAGCUUGAUGAGGCCCAUCCCUACGUGGUGACAUCAGUGGCCUGUUGUCAUGGCAACACCCUGCUAGCCGUCAAACCAUUUCUGGACGAGAGUACUCCCAGAUGAUCCUUCAGGCCAUCUUAGUGAGUACAUAGCUGACUCGUUCUCUCAUUCCUAACCAGAGAGAUCCCGACUCGAGGACCAAGAAAAUAUCCUUAUGAACUGCCUGUUAGAUUAUGCAAGGCUGUUGCCUGACAGUUUGUUUCAAGACAGCUUUGUUGUCACAACAUUUGUCCAGCUCUGCCAUAGUGUUUUUGUAGUGAUACAAAAAAAAGUGUUUUCCAACUUACCUGUAUUUGCUGCUAAAGAGAUGGGGUUACUGACACUAUCACUGUCAUGUUUGCAUGUUUGCAAAUUAAUAAAUAAAUGUUCAUGCAGUACCGGUAUAUGGUACUCUGUAGACCAGCAGGGUAAAUAAUGCAUGUCCUGAAGAGCCACAGUCCAAUGGAUCUCAUAGUGCCACUCUGUAAUCAGCAGUCCUUAUGGACUGGGAAAACAUGUGAGUUUCGAUUAAUGUGAUACGUUCAUUUUUUUUAGUUAAGACGGGAAUGGUCAACUGUGGCCUUUGAGAGCUCUGGGGCAUUUUCAUUUCAGAUGAUGUCUGAACUGCUCAGUUGAGCAUAUAAUCUUCUUAGAUGGACAGAAUACAAAUGUGCAAAGAGUCUAGAAAUUGCCUAGUUAAAUCUAGACAGUCUUCCAGUCUGUGGCUCUCCAGGACCAGGGUUGGUCUCGCCCUGUAACUGCAGUUACACAGUGUGGCUGUGGUACGCAGGGAAAUGAGAGCGUUGUUUAUGUCCAGGGUUAUCCUGUAGUAUUGGGCUGAUUGUGAUCUCACUGAGAUUCAGGGAGUGCUUAGCCUUGAAAGUUGCAUGGUUACAUAUCAGCAGCUUCAGGAAGGAGUAACCUUCCUGGUCAAAGUAAGUUCAAAAUGCUUGUUGAGGAUGUCAAGCCAGUUCUGUAGGUUAGGCUGUCACUCACCAUGUUACACUAAGGCAUACUUCCUGGAACUAAGUUAAAUGACACUAUGUCGCUGGGGUAGUGUGUCACAAUGACAUACAGGGCCUAUAAAAAGUAUUCACCCCCCUUGGACUUUUUCACAUUUUAUUGUGUAAGUGUGGAACCAUGAUAUAUUUAAC